AUGCUUGCCGAAGGUUUUCAUCUUUUUUUUCAAAUUGUAACCGUUUAUACCACUAAACCAAAGUUGCGCUGGUAUUAUAUAUUAGGGUGGGGAAUCCCCACCGUUAUCGUAUCUGUAUCUGUAGGAUUACGCUUAGAAUAUUAUGGCAUCAAUAAAAUAUGCUGGCUAUCCAUUAAUAGUGGACUAAUUUGGGCGUUUGUUGGUCCCGCAAUAGCAAUUAUUGCUGUUAAUUUCAUUAUUUUACUGAUCGUGAUUCGUAUCGCUGCAUCAAAAGCAGCUUUCCAAGUCAGUGCCAGGAGUAUAGGGCGUUGGAAAAGUUUUAAAUCUAGUGCUAAAGCGAUUGCUGUUUUACUACCAAUUUUGGGUUUAACUUGGCUGUUUGGAAUACUUUCAAUUGAUGCUAAUACAAUAUUUUUUAGUUAUCUUUUUGUUAUAUUUAACGGAUUACAGGGAGUUUCCUUCUUUAUCAUGCACUGCCUUCUGAAUACAGAGAUUCGAUCUACACUUCUUCGUCGUGCCAAUAAGUUUAGAUAUGAAUCCAGCAGCGGUCCAUCGAUGUUGAAGGCUGUAAGAAAGAAAACCAAUGUUACUAGUUUUGCUAUGGCCGAUCAUGAAAUACAGCAUGCACGAGCUAGCAGCAUCUCCAUGGAUAAUGACGAUGAUAUUGGCUUACAACGCUUGUAUACUGGAACAUCCAUUCUUCGGCAUCCUUCUGGGACUCCUUCUUGUAAUACGGUGAUUAGUGCUUUCAGUUUUCCGGAAGAAAAUGAGACUAUUCUUAACCAGCCGACGGAUUAG